AUGGCUGGAUCAAAUGCCUCUGAGGUCAUCUUUAUCUCUGUCAAUCACAGCAUCACUUUGAUGGGGAAAGUGUGGCUCAUUGUGAUGAUCUUCCUCCGUGUCCUCAUCCUCCUCUUCGCUGGUUAUCCUCUCUACCAGGACGAGCAGGAGAGAUUUGUGUGCAACACCAUCCAGCCCGGCUGUGCCAAUGUCUGCUACGAUCUCUUCUCUCCCAUCUCUCUAUUCCGCUUCUGGCUGGUGCAGCUCGUCACUUUGUGCCUUCCUUACUUCAUCUUCAUCAUCUACGUGGUCCACAAGGUGUCAAAUGGCCUAACUUUGGAUUUGGUUUCUGAUGGACAAGUCAAAGCUUUUCCCUUCUUUAAGAUCCAUCAGGAGUCCAAACCAAACAUGAAAAAGACUCCUCUUGUGACUGAGCGGAGGUCAGUGCAGAGCUUCACAGGUGCCUACAUCAUCCACCUGAUGUUUAGGACGUUGCUGGAGGCAGGGUUUGGCGCAGCUCACUACUACCUGUUUGGUUUCCACAUCCCAAGAAGGUUCCUAUGCCAGCACCCACCCUGCACCACCCAGGUGGACUGUUACAUCUCCAGGCCCACUGAGAAGACUGUCAUGCUCAACUUCAUGCUUGCCGUAGCCGCUCUUUCCCUUUUCCUAAACGUAUUGGAUUUUAUCUGCGCCAUCAAACGCUCUGUGAAGCAGAAAGGCAACAAGAAGAUGUUGGUAGAGAGGAUUUAUGAGGAAGAGCAGUGUUUCCUUUCAGCUGCAGGAGGAGCCUCCAAAGGAGCGGAUCCAAAUGCUGCACAGGCUCGGCAGGAUGUGGAGGUAGAAGCUGGACCUCUAGGGUGCAACACCAAUGGCAACAAUGGAUACUCCAUUCCCCAAGAAGAGGCUCCAGAGAGGAACGGCAGCGAGGUGGCUCUUUGUCCACCAGAGCCCAUGGGGACGCCAAGAUCCAUCAGAGUUAGCAAACGCAGCCGACUCAAACCACCACCUCCACCUAGACGGGACCUUGGGACAUCUCUAGGUGGGUCAACAGCGCCAGCUGCAGACGUGUCCAUAAAAACCUGUACCAGAAGGGUUGGUCAGUACACGCUGGUUGAGCUAAGUAGCAGCCCAGAGCUGCAGACCAAUGAGGACGGGCAGGAGAAGAGAUCAGAGUGGGUGUGA